AUGGCAGACUCACCUGACUAUGACUUACUGCAGUAUUUGCAAAAGCUCAGUGAUGAAGAGUUCCUGGCAUUUAAAGAGCUUCUCAGGAAAGAGCCAAAGAAAUUUAAUCUGAAGCCAAUCUCCUGGACUAGGAUUGAGAAGGCUUCCAAAGAAGAUCUGGCAACGCUAUUGAACACACAUUAUCCAGGACAGACAUGGGACGUGGUGUUGAGCCUGUUUCAACAGGUCAAUCGGAAUGACCUCUCAAAUAUGGUUCAGAAACAGAGGAGAGAUAAACAAACUAGAUACAAAGAGCAUAUGAAGACUGCAUUUCAACGUAUAUGGAACUUUGAGACCAACACUCAUAUUCCUGAUAGAAACUACCAAGUCAUUAUAGGGCCCCAGUACAGGGCACUGCAAGAGGUAUUUGAUUCUGAGUCAGAACCAGUCACGGCGGUGGUCCUAGGUGUUACAGGAGAAGGAAAAACCAUCUUCUUAAGAAAAGCAAUGUUGGACUGGGCAUCAGGAAAGUUAUGGCAGAACAGAUUUAGGUAUGUUUUCUUCAUCCCUGUCUUUACGCUUAACAAUAUUACAGAGUUAAGUUUAGCUCAGCUCAUCUCAACCCAGUUACCUGAGUCUUCAGAGACAGUGGAUGACAUUUUAUCCCAUCCGAGGAGAAUCUUGUUUAUCCUGGAUGGAUUUGAUUACCUGAAAUUUGACUUGGAACUUAGGACAAACUUGUCUGAUGACUGGAGGGAAAGCCUACCAACACAAAUUGUCUUUAGCAGUUUGCUUCAGAAAAAAAUGCUUCCAGAAUCCUCUCUGCUGCUUGAAUUGGGAAACCGAAGUCUGCCCAAAAUUGGUCUCUUGCUGCAGUAUCCACGGGAGAUAACUAUUGGAGGGUUCAGUGAGGAGUCUAUAGAGUUCUACUGCAUGUCCUUCUUUGACCAUCACCAGAGGGGCUUAGAUGUCUUUGAGCUUUUCAAACAGAACCCACCAUAUUUUGUUUUAUGCCGGAGUCCUUAUCUAUGCUGGUUGUUCUGUAACUCUUUAAAGUGGCAGGUAGACAGGGGAGGUGACAUGGUCUUGAUUGGUGGCACAGAUGCAGCUACGUACACAUGCUUUUUGGUGAAUGCAUUCAAAUCAAUGUUUGCCAAUAUUCAAUCUAAUCAGAACAGAGCCAGGUUAAAGACCCUGUGUACCUUGGCUGUAGAGGGAAUGUGGACACAGGAAUUUGUGUUUGACUCCGAGGAUCUCAGGAGGAACGGGAUAUCCGAACUUGAAAAGGCAGUGUGGCUGAGAAUGAAAUUUCUCCGGAAUCAGGGCAGGAGCAUCACCUUUUAUCAUCCUGAGCUACAGUCAUACUUUGCUGCACUGUUCUACUUCCUCAGAAAAGACAAAGACAAACCUCGUUCAGUCAUUGGAAGCCUAUCUCAACUCCUAAGAGAAUUGUUUGCUCAUGGACAGACCCGAUGGCUCAAGACAGGAAUAUUUGUGUUUGGAAUUACUGCUGAAAGAGUCACCACCAUGCUCAGACCGUGCUUUGGGCUUCUACCAUCCAGAGAGAUAAAACAGGAAAUCAUUAACUACCUUAAAAGUCUCAGUCAGCAAGAGAACAAUGAGAAACUGUUGAGUCCCCUGAAUUUGGUCAGCUGUCUACUUGACAGCCAGGAGGAAAGAUUUGUAACACAAGUGAUGAAUGUAUUUGAAGAAAUGACUGUUGAUAUUAGUAAUUCUGAUGUAGUAACAGAUAUUUCAUAUAGUCUGCUGAAAGCCACAAAAUUAAAGAAACUUCACCUUCAUAUAGAAAAGAGAGUUUUUCCGGAAGUGUUUGACCCAGAACAUUUUACCUCAGAAUCAUUUGAACAGAAGAAAAAAAUUGCAACUAAACAUUGGGCUAUAUUAUGCAGAAUGUUCUAUAACUUGCAUGUAUUGGAUCUGGACAGCUGUCAUUUCAAUGAAGAGGCCAUUCAGAUUCUCUGUGAUUCUAUGUCUCCAUCUCAUACAAUGCCUCUGGAUGUUUUUGAGCUCCAAAGCUUGUUGUGUUCCUUCAUGACUAACUUCGGAGAUGGUUCAUUAUUUCACACGUUUUUUAAGCUGCCUCAGCUGAAAUCCCUGAACCUGUAUGGCACUAACCUCUCAAAGGAUGUGGUUGAGAAUCUGUGCUCUGCUCUGAAAUACUCAACAUGCAGCGUGAAGGAGUUACUGUUGGGGAAAUGUGACAUCUCAAGCGAGGCAUGUGGCAUAAUUGCUACUUCCCUCAUGUACUGCAAGGUAAAGCAUCUCUCGCUGGUUGAAAAUCCCUUGAAGAACAAAGGAGUAGUGUCACUGUGCGAACUCCUGAAGCGGCCGAGCUGUGUCUUGGAGACAUUGAUGUUGUCUUACUGCUGUCUCACCUUCAUUGCCUGUGGCCAUCUCUACGAAGCCCUUUUGUGCAACAAACGCCUCUCUCUGCUUGAUCUGGGGUCAAAUUUCCUGGAAGAUACUGGAGUGAAUAUUCUGUGUGAAGCUCUGAAAGAUCCAGCCUGCCCUCUCCAGGAGUUAUGGUUGUCUGGUUGCUACCUCACUUCAGAGUGUUGCGAGGCAAUCUCUGCUGUCCUUACUCGCAAUAGAAAUCUAAAAACCCUGAAACUGGGCAAUAACAACAUACAGGACGCUGGAGUCAAACAGUUGUGUGGAGCUCUCAGGCAUCAGAAUUGUAAAUUGCAGUGUCUCGGGUUAGACAUGUGUGAGUUCACGACUGACUGUUGUGAAGACCUGGCCUUGGCGCUCACCUCCUGCAAAACGCUGACCAGCCUAAAUCUGGACUGGAUAAGCUUGGACCACGCUGGGGUGGAGGUGCUGUGCGAGGCUUUGAGUCGCAAAGACUGUAACCUGAAGAUGCUUGGACUGGACAAAUCUGCAUUAUCUGAGGAAUCACAGACGCUGCUCCAAGCUGCGGAAAAGAGCAAAAGUAAUCUGAAUAUUUUGCAUUACCCGUGGGUUGAAGAGGAACGCGAGAAGAGGGGCGUUCGUCUAGUAUGGAACAGCAAAAACUGA